AUGGCAAAAGAAAAGAAGUACAACCCAGUACAGGCCCAGCACAAGGCUGACAAGGCCAAGGCUGUCAAGAAAGGCAAAGCAGAGCAGCAAGCAAGAAGAAACGAGAAGCUCGCCCAGAGGAAUCCGGCCAGAAUAGAACAGCAAAUCAACGAUCUUAAGGCUAUAAAAGAAGGCGGAGGGAAGCUUACCGCUCUCGAAGAGCAAUCACUCGAGGCGUUGGAGAAGGACUUGAAGGCAGUCAAGAAAGCUCGUGAAGCUCUCGGAGACCGAGCGCCCCAGUUUGGUCGUGGGGGUCCGUCAAAGCCAGGCCAGAGAAACGACGGAGUACUUGGGAAGCGGAGAAGAGACGAGGACGAGUCGAGUGACGACAGUGAUGUUCCCGAGGACGUGAGAAGGAUACCUAUGCCGCGAGACACACCGCCGCCUAUCCCCAAAGAGAUCAUGGACGAAUGGUACGCCAAGCGUCGGGCCAAAAGAAACGCAAACCAGGAGCCAGUGGCGGAAAGGGCUCAGUCAGAAAAUUCUGCCACGCCAGCACCAGUUGUGGAGUCCAAGACAGUGUACGAGGCCAAGCCGGUGGUGAGAGACUUGCGGAAGGAGGCGGUCAGCGCAUUCGUUCCCACACAUGUGCGUAUGAAGAUUGAAAAGGGCAAGGGACAAGGCGGCCUCCUCGAGCCUGAAGAAGCUGAUCAAUUGGAACGGGAAGGCUACCUUCGGGUACCUGACACCCAGCAAUCUGCCCCAAGCAAGGUUCCUCAUGGGGUGACGCUUGAGGAAGUGGAAGACGAAGACAACUAA